AUGGUACAGAAGAGCUCUGUCGUGCUCAACUUGCACAGCUCGCAGAUGCCCUUUUCCAGUACCUGGAAGUAAGGGAUCUUGGCAUUAGCUAUCGUCUUGUGCCUGGUGGCCCUGCCCAUCUUAACUUGCCAGACGUGUCAGCUCCAGGAACACAACAGGACUGGAAAAAAGAAGAGAUGCCACAGAAAAGGCUGGGGUAGGAUAAAAGCAGAGAAUGGCAUUUGGGGGAAGAAAACACCACCUCUUCUGCAUGAUGUCACUAAGCAGCGCAAUGCAGACAUCAAGCUGGCCAGGGCUCGCUGCGAGAGGAGGAAGCCCAGGCACGCAGCUCUGCUGCGCAACGCCGCGCCAGGAGGAGAGCCGGCUCAGCAACAGGAGAGAGGAGCCAGCACAGAAAUACCACCGGCAGCUGCUAAGACCAAGGACCUCAGCAGCAUGAGCAGCAAUUUGGGCCUCCUGCCCCACUCCCGGGACACACUGAAGUUCUCCCUCCUCUACCACAGAGAGCAAUGUGAGCUGCUUUUGACUGGUCUGGAGGGCCAGGAGCUGCCUAGCCGCAGGUGUGCCGAGUCUGCCGUCCAGGUCCCACUGCUGAGGGAGGUCCCAUCCCACAUCUCCAGGCUCCAGUGCGUGGUCCAGGAGUAGCAAAGCCAGGUGGUGAAGAACUGCAGCAGGCCACCCUUUGGGGACCGCUGUGCUCCUGCAGAUGCCGAGGUGGAGAAGAACACCUUGAAGCUGGAGGUCCAAUGGUUCAACAAAUACUCCAGAAACACUGCUCUGGAAGUCAAGGUCACCCUGAGUGAGCUAAAGGCCUCCCAAAGCUUGGUUUUAUGUGAAAAGCUGCAGAAGACUACAAAGGACAUUGUGGGAGAAGUGCUUAUGUCACUGAAGUGCCUUCCCAUCUGUCAGAAGAUGGAGGUUGGGCUGCUCAAGGCAAGAACUACAUCCCCUCAAAGCACCGCAGAUAAGAAUGUACAUAUGAGGAUAGAUGUUUCCUGUAGAUGUCUCAGAAAAAAGCACCAGAAGUCCAGGCCACAGGCCUACACCCUGCACAUCAUCUUCAACAAGACUUUCCUCUUCCACAUGCCUGAGCCUCCAGCGUGGGACUGCACAGCCCUGAUCUCCAUUUAUGAAGUGGACUUAGACCCCAGGCAUCUCAUGGGACAGGCCACCCUGGGCAAAAGAGUGAGCGAAGGAGCUGAGCACUGGGACCUCAUAAUAAAGUCCGUCCAGCAGCCCAUAGCUAAACAGCAUCCUCUGCUCAUUUAG